AUGUUGCAUGUAAAGGAGGAAGAUGUGGUGGUUAUUUCUGACCAUUCAGAAACAAGUAAUGGUGAGCAACAAAAGAGAGAAGUGAGGUUGAAGUCCAAAGUUUGGCAACAUUUUACGAAGCUUGAAAAGAAGACUGGAAUUCGUGAAGAAUGUCUGUGUAAUCAUUGUAAGAAAACCUUUGCUUGUUCGAACAAAUCCGGAACAUCCCACUUGCUUCGUCACAUUACCAGAGGAUCAUGUCCUGUCUAUAAGAAAGAAAGAGUAGAUAAGUCACUAACAGUUUCAAGUUUUGCCGAAGAUACUUCAGAGCUUGGUAUCCAUGUUGUCCCAUGGACAUUGGAUCAAGGCCUUGGCCAAACACCCACUCAACAGUCAAAUGAUGUGCAGGAUGAACAGUCUCCAGAGGGGUUAGAGGAUCUUAAUUGUCAAACAUGUAAUACAUCAGUAGAUGACUAUGCUGCCCAACCAUUAUCUAUAGGCAGACAACUACAUCAGGAACCUACAUCAAAAUCUCAACAUAGAGAUGAAUCAUGGAUGUACGAGUUGAGAGCUUGUGCAGGUAAACUUGUUGGUCUCAUUAAUGAGGGAAUUCCAACUGAAAAUGCCACCAAGACUCCUGAAACGGGUAUUGCACCUGAUUACUCUAUAGCUGCUGCUGUGAAGUGUUUGAAUGAAAUGGAGGAUAUACCACAAUCAAGUGCAAUGUAUCUGGAUGCUUUCGAGAUUCUAAAGGAUGCAAAUGAAAGAGAGGCGUUUAUUUGUUUGAACCCAGAACCUCGUAGAAGAUGGUUGCAGAGGAUGUUGAACCGCCGAUCUCCAUCCUGUUACAGCUAUGAUAUUUAG